UUUGGUGCCUAUUGGCUGUAUGUCUGGUAGUAAAUAACGAUCGGCAUAAACGGUGACGCUUUCUUCUGGUUUCAUCGAUAAUGUUUUGUUUGUUAAAAGAAAAAGGUAAUUGUGUUUUAAGUUUAAACGUUUGACUUGCUGUAUGAAUAACUGUUUAAAAAAUCCCGCUGGGACGGUUUAACUUGCUAUCUUAAGGACAAGUUGUUUCGUACUAGCUGUAGAUGCCAUGGUAACUUUUGUGGAUCUGCCAAGUCAACUCGGAAAGCUGGUGGAUAAUGUGGUAAUCGUCUUUAAAAAUUGGUUAGAUUUUGGUAGAAUCUGAGUUACUCAAUUAGUCAAAGAGCUCAGUUAGGACCAGGCCUACACUGCAACGUCUACCCAGCAAAUUUUGCCACUAUGAAUCACCUGUGACGUCCUAGCCGCAAUGAAAUCCAGUGGGCCGGUCUUCACAAGGCAAAAUCCCUUCCAGCCAGCAUCCAGAGCAGGGAAGGUUCACUACCAUCCAUCCCGCAACCGGCCUCUGUCAAAGAAAGAGAAAAAAACAACUUUGAGUCCUGCAUGCUCAAAAGAGCGAUCCAGUCCUCAACUACACACUUUGAGCCCGGAGAGCCACCGGCCGUUUGAGAAACAUGACCAUUGUUUUGCUGUCUCAAAUGAACAACCUGUUUUUGAAGAGUCUUGGCCUUCCACUGACAGCGGAUCUUCUGCAAGUAUUACAACCUCAUCUGACAUGGAGACACCCAAAACGUAUGCAAGAACAGGAAAAUCCACAGUUUCAUCAGAGCUAGGAGUUCAGCAGGAUUCAGUGUUGGCAAAGUACAUUGAACGCUUUCGCCAUGGUCCACCACAGAGUCGAGAGGAGCGCCAGCAAAUUGAUUCUGACAUUGGAGAGAAGCAGCUGCCUUUUUGGUGGCUGUCACCCUCAUCUUUACCUCCCAGUUCAACUCCAACUAAAACAACAGACAAAGAUGUUAUCCAGCCUCUGAAAGAUGAUGAAGGGCCUUCCAUUUUCAGUCCAGCUGGACGGUGUCCACAUGAGAGAUCUCUUUCCCCAUGCAGAGGAUCUCUUACUGUGAGUGCAAUUAAUCUGUCAGACACCUUCCAGGGGGAAUGUGACGAUACAGAUAUCCUACACCUUCAAGAAAGGGCCAACAUACUGCUUCUGAGAGAUGAAUGUGCUCUCAGUGAUGGAUCAAUACAUGUCAGCUCUGAAGGCCUGGGAUGCUCAGAUUUCUCUUCUCCAGUGAGUGUCGAUGAGCCACUGCGAAGACCAUUUAUUCCAAGUUCGCUAAAAUCCACUACUGUGAAGUCCAGCUCAGACUCAGUUCAAGCUGAGCCCUACCAAAAAUCCUGUUUCAUUCCUUGUCUGGUGCCCCCCACACGCCCGGAAGAGGACAUCUUGUUCCAGUGGCGUUUAAGGAGAAAGAUUGAGCAGGCCAGAGAGUGGCCCUUGCAACACUCCAGUUUUCAUAGUCCUGCAUUUAGCUGGCAGGCCUCCAGCUUAAGCAAUCCCUCAGCCAGUGGACAGGUUUACAAGAGUCCGCAACCUCCUGAAUUCUCACAGAGAGCUACACAUCCAAACGUCACUGCUCCCCAGACAGAAAUUAAAGAAGGCCAUGAAACAUGUCCCCCAGCUUCAGGUCCACCUUCCUUCCCUGCAUCUGUUGUGUCUGGGUCUUCAGUCUCUCAACCCCAGGCUAUUGCCCAUGUCCCUGCCCAUAUGCAUUUACUCUGUGAUGUCUUGCCUUGUCCCAUCCAGUCAUCUCAUGCUGGUACGCAACAAAAAAAUUCUCAAAAUAUCGAUGAGACUCCCAAAGAUACCAAAGUUGUCUGUAAAAACACCCAACUCCCGGGAAAGUCAAUGAAUACCUUCACUGAUGAGCCUAUUCGUGAAGAUAUGCCAUCCCUACUAUCUGCUUUCCCUGGAAGUAUAGACAGACAGGGGCCCGGUCACUACAAAACAACUCAGAGGAGCAAGAACGAGGAAGCGCAGCCAAAAGAGUCACAGAAGAAGACCACAACCUCCCUCAAACAGCAGAAGAAAUCAAGGACUUCUUCUCAUCAGAGAGUUCCCAAAAAGGUCAUUCCAUGGACAGAGCAGCAACAACAGAAGGGGAGCCAGAAAGUUUCCAGUGAAAGACGUACGGGCGAUUAUGCACCGCCACCACCACCCUCUCCAGUCCACAGUGCCUUAGGACAGGUAGUUUCAGAGGUUUUGUUCCCCACGGUGGAUUCAUCUCCUGCACAAAGGACCCCUGUCUUGUCGAUUUCUCCUCUUCGUACCGUCUCUCCACCUCCGCAAUCCUCGGUUCCUCCAUGCAAUGCACAGAACUCUGUGGGGGUCAUUUCACAGCUGCUGCAAGAGGCUGAAGAUUCAGAUGGAAAGGAGUUUGAAGAUGACCCCUUAUUACAAGUCCUUCGAAAACAGAGAACAUGGGUAAAGGAGCAGAUCAGUGAAGUGGACUUCAAGUUGAAUGAACUCCUGGACAAGCAACAAGUUACUUAUACAAUGGCAAGAGACCCUUGAUGUAGUUGCUUUUUUGAUUUUAUAAAGAAAUAAAGUUUAUUUUUUUUUAAAGAAAUAUUUCCACAUCAA